CAGAUGGUAACCUGUCACCAAAUUUCACGCGCUGCUUUCACUCACACGGUUGAUGACGACAUUUUCAUGCGCCGGAUAUGUUGACGACCAUCAGAAGAAGCCCCAAAUGCUGAUGUGUUAUAAGAAAUCUCACCGCAGGGAUAUUUGUGAGUGUAUUGUUUGAUGCAGUGAUAAUAUAGUAACAGAGAGAAGCGACUGCGGGUCACAGGUCGAUGUCAGAGAAGACGCAGCGGAAGAGAUCAUCAGAGAGCGAAUGGCGCCCAAAGGUAAAGUUGGCACAAAGGGAAAGAAGCAGAUCUAUGAGGAGAACGAGGCGACGCUGAAGUUCUACACCAGAGUCAUCCUUGGAGCUAACGCAAUAUAUGUUGCCGUAAAUCUUUUGGUGUUCUACAGUUCGUCUACAUUUUGCACAUGGCUGCUGCUUAUGUUCGCGCUAGCAGUGUAUGUCGGGAGUUACCGCUCCAUGUCUGCCAUGGCCAAGGCCGUGUUUGCUGAGGAUGGAAGUCUCCUGGACGGAGGAAUAGACUUGAACAUGGAGCAGGGAAUGGCAGAGCACCUGAAGGACGUCAUCCUGCUCACAGCCAUAGUACAAGUGGUCAGCACGAUCUCUUCUUAUUUCUGGUAUCUUUGGCUGCUGGCCCCGGCCCGAGCCCUCCACCUGCUGUGGGUAAACUUUCUGGGCCCCUGGUUUAUGGCAGACGGCCCGUCGGCACCAGAGGAAGUGAACGAGAAGAAGCAGAGAAGACAAGAGCGCAGACAGAUGAAAAGAUUCUGAUGCUUCAGGGCAGACGGAGCAGUAUUUUUAUACACAGAAUCUAAUAUACAGAUAGUAAGGCACUCAUAAGUUAUUCAGGAAGAAAUUUUGUUAUUAAAUUACACUCAAUCCAAAUCUGAUACUGUGGAAUCUUGUUUUCCAUGUUUGUUGGUUCUUUCUGCUUUCUCCUGAAAUCAAAUUUUCUCCCUAAACUAUUAAAUGAAAUGUUCCCUAUUUAGAUAAUGUCACGGUCCAAAUUUAUGCUCAUGCAGAGAUUUAAGAGUUUUUGGCAUUGCACAAUCCCGUCCCACUGCCUUCUGCAGAUUUCCAUCAAACGUCCCCUUGACAACUCGCACGAUACGGUUACAAAAAUGAGUCAAAACAUUUUGUCUGUGCCACUUUUGUCAUGGCAUGACUUUUAUUUUAUUUUUCAAAAAUGUAACAUAAUUCAUCAGUAGUCCUUCUUUACACAUCUGAUUUUGUUUCUGAUUUAUUAAGUCUUCUAAAAUAAAAAUAGAAGUCAAGUUUUAAAAGAAAAAUUACGUUUUUGUAAUAAAUCUCCCUCCAGUGUGUGCAGUUGAUCCUCA